AUGAACAACUUCCAAUUCACCGUUGACGGCCAGAUCGUCGAUCUCGACACCUUCGUCCCCGAAGAGCGCCAUCUUUCGCCCAACGACCCUGCCUACGCCCUCAUGGACCUCUACCUCGGGGACAAAAUGGGAGUCAAGGGAUCUCUAAGAUCCAGCCAAUCAUCGCACACAGGCAGCCACCGUAGUAGCCAAAGUGGAUACGAGACUUCCGGUUCAAAGGCCAGCAAGCACAGCAGCCGCGGAGGAUACGAGACUGGGGGAUCCGCAGCCAGUGGAUACCCCGGCUCUCGCACUCCUACUGUUGCAUCCAACCGCACUUCUGGAGUUGCUGGAUAUCUUGAAGCACCGCCAUCGCAGGCGUCUCACCAUAGCAAUAGGUCUUAUGGUAGUGAGCAUAGUACUAUCAGAGGAGAGCCUUCAGUUCAUUCUCAUGUGUCUUCUAGACAUACCGAGAUUGGAUCGCCUUCGGUUCACUCUCGUGCAUCUUCUAGACACACUGAGAUGGGCUCCCCUUCAGUUCACUCCCAUGCAUCUUCUAGACACACUGAUAUGGGCUCUAGGACUCCCACCGUUGCAUCCAAUCGCACCGCUGGAGUAGCUGGAUAUCUUGAGGCGCCGCCAUCACACGCAUCCCACCAUAGCACUAGAUCUUAUGGCAGUGAGCAUAGCACCAUCAGAGGAGAGCCUUCAAUUCACUCUCACGCAUCUUCUAGACACACCGAGGCGGCCUCUCCUUCGAUCCACCCCCGCCAUACCGAAGCCCACGCGCCAUCCCACAUCUCGCACGCCGCAUCCCGCCGCACCGAGGUCUACUCGCCCUCCCACAUCAGCAGAUCCAACACCCACCACAGUAGCUCUCGUGUUAGUGCUGCGCCGAGCAUCAAGAGAUCAAGCACUGGUACGCUCUCGGGGUACGACACUGUGGGGCCUGAGGAUAGCAUUUCGUCUGUGGAGUCCAAGUCGGGGAAGUCUAGGGCUAGCCGCCGUUAA